GUGGUGGUAAAGGGUGACCAAAACAACACCAAUAAUAAUAAUAACGAUAAUUGCGAUAAUAAUUACGAUAAUAAUCGCAAGAAUAUAGACAAUAAGAGGUACGCGACGAGUGUACCUGUUCAUUUGCAUAAUAAGCACUCGAGUGGUAGUGGCCGCGUGGGGCACGAUAUCGUGCACCAUGGUCAAUUAGUCCUCAACCAUACUACCGGCGCUCAUCAUCACACUACCGGUGCUGAUGAGUACGACGUGGACGAGGGCUUCAACGAGGACUCGGCCUCAUCCAUAACCAGCAACAAUAGCUCCGUCACGACAGUCGUAGUGCCGUCGCCCCCACCCCAGUACCCGCCGCCCCCACUGCCCACCGACGACCCCCACGACGUGGACACCCCCGCAGCCAUUGACUCACCCCUACAGUCACCUAAUUUAGUGCAAAAACAUAGUCCAUCGCCGGUUGUCGUGCAGGCGUUGACCAAAACUAAUGGUAAGACCAGUGGUUCCGACGCCAAGAAGUUCAAUACCGUUCGCAAUCGGAUUCAAUGUUAUAUGGAAUUGACUAAAAUUGCCAACCUGGAAGUGGUGGAGCGGCUGAACGAAUGCGGACAACUCAUACACCUAUUGUCAGACUUCAGGCUCAGUGCAAAUGUGGCAAAAGUGUGCGACUGUUGCGGUGGCACUAAAUUCAUACCCUGUCAGGUGUGCAACGGUAGCACCAAAUCCCAGGUCCACCACUUCGUCUCCGACUCCAUAUCCCUCAAGUGCUCGCAGUGUCGGCGCUCCGGACUCCAGAAGUGUCCCAAAUGCUACCUGAAAGCCGCCAUCCACUCAAUGGAUAGUACCGGUGCUGCUAUCGUCGAAAGCCAUUAAUCAAGAGUUUAUUGAAUAUUAGCGAC